CAAGCGGUUUGCGUCCAUCAUGGCGGAGUUAUUUGGAUUACAUUUCUAACUUAAUUUACAUCAAGUGAAAUGAAACAGUUAAUUGGAAAAUAUCAGUUGAAUUUAUUGUAGAAUACUAUUUGCUAGAUUUAUAUCUGAGUACAUUGUUAAAGUAUAUACAUUUUAACAUAAAAAAUGUCAGAAAAGCUUGAUACGCGUGUUAUUCAAGUGACAAACAUAGCCCCGAGCUGCACAAACGAGCAGAUGAGGACUCUCUUCAGCUAUCUUGGACGUGUCAGGGAACUCAAAAUGUAUCCACCAGAAAAUACCGAAGGAGUUGUGGCAAGAGUGGCUUACAUUGAAUUUGAUGACACUACUACAACUGGAGUGGCCUUACAUCUUAGUGGCACAGUGUUUAUUGAUCGUGCUUUAAUGGUUGUUCCAGUGAUGGAUGGUAAAAUUCCAGAUGAGCACACUGCCCUUCAGUUAACACCACAAGCCGUUGCAGGAAUGUUGCCUGGGCAACCAACAUGGCCAGCAAAUGUUGUCAGUCAGGUUACGGGAACUGGAAUCAAUCAAGUAAUCACAACUUACGACCCUAGACUAACAUCACUUGGCCUGCCACAGUAUCCUCCAUUACCAGCAUCAACAGAUGCAAGCAAAAUUGAAGAAAUAAGACGUACAAUUUAUGUUAGUGACCUGGACCCUGCGGUAGUCACAGCAGAAAUGUUGCUGAAUUUUUUUUCUAGUGUUGGAGAAAUCAAAUACAUUAGAUUGGCCGGAGAUGAACGAGCGGCUGCAAGGGGUGCAUACAUUGAGUUCACUGACCAGCGGUCUGUUGCCCAAGCCCUGACUUACAAUAAUGUAGCCUUUCAGGGACGGACUAUGAGUGUUGUACAUUCUAAGGCCAACAUUGUGAAGCCUUUAGGAGGAAGGAUAACGGAGGCAUCUCAAAGAGAAAUAGAUGAAGCCAUGAAGAAAGUUAAAGAAGCUUCAAAGCUAAUUUCAGCUGCAGCUAGUGAGUCAAGGAAAGAUUCUUCAAGGUCUCCAAGCCGCAAACGGUCUAGGUCAAAAUCCAAAGUGCGUAGCAGGUCACCAUCACGUCGAUCACGGUCACGCUCCAAGGGACGCAGGCGUCGGACAAGAUCUCGUUCUCGUAGAAGAUCAAGAUCCCGUCACAGGUCACCAAGAAGAUCAAGAUCACCUGUGAGACGUCGUCGUUCGCGCUCCAGGGGAAGAAUCGUUCCCUCUGCUCCUCCUUUGCGCAGGUCGAGGUCAAGAGACAGAAGACGAUCUAGGACGAGAUCCCCAGUGAGACGCAGGCGAUCUCGCACACGAUCAAAAUCAAGGCGACGUUCUCGCACACCUCCAAGAUCAUACAGCAAGCGCUCACGAUCGAGGAGCAGAAGAAAAUCAAUAUCUCCAGUUCGAAGAAGGAGUAGAUCUAGAGAUCGUAAGGAGAAGGCAAAAGAAAAGAAAAAGAGUCCUUCCCUCUCCCCGCCUCUGUUGGAAAGAAGUGGAUCUGUUCCCCCUAAGAAUGUGGAAACUGUCAAAGAUGAUUCUCCUGUAAAGGUUGAGAGCAGUCCUCCGCCAGUGCUGCCAACAGAAAGUGCACCGAGUGCUAAUGCUGAAGGAGAUAGUGGCAAAACUGUCACAAAAAAGAGGUCUCCUACACCAAUUAAGCCACGUCGUUCCAGCCCUGCUCCUCGUAAACGAAGCAGAUCAAAGUCACCAAGUAGUCGUCGCAAGCGGAGACGUAGAACAAGGUCACCAACUCCCCGUAAACGUUCCAGAACUCGAAGUGGCUCUAGAAAUAGGUCAAAACGUGAACGCAGCAAGAGAAGUCGCAGUAGAGAAAGGAGACAUGAAUCAAAGAAGAAGAGCACCAGAGAAAAGGAAGAGAAAAAGAAAGAUACUACAUCAACAGCAAAGAUAAAAAGAGACUAUGAUGAAGAGGAGAAAGGUUUUGCCAGUGGAAGUGAGAAAGAGAGGGGAGUUACUGAAGAACGCUCCCUUUCACCCCCAACAUUGGAAGCUGGAGAUAAAGAUUCUGAUCACCAGCCUGUUGAUAUGGACAUGAGUGAUUGAAGCUGUCUGGCUUAUUAUACCAACAUUGGACUUGAUAUUUGAAAAAAUGACUUGAUAGGACUAAACUGACAUUAGGCUGAAUAUUUAAAGGGAAGUAAUUUAAAAUGACUAAUUUAUUAGACUACCAUUUUUAAAAUCCUUGUAGAGUUAAUUUGCUUUGAAGCUGACAGAAUUACUUCUAGCCUAAUACCCUAUUCAAUAACCUAUAUUCAAAAUCUAGUGGUCUUAUUUGAUAUGACUGGAAUUAUUGCAGUGACAUUAGACUGUUGGGGGAGAUGAUGUAACAUGACUUUAUUUGAGUACACUGAUUCAUGGCUUGCACUAGAACUUGUGUUUAGGGAUAUUAUGUUGUUGGAGUUUUUCUUAGCUAUUUUUAAAUAUGAAUUCAGAAAUAACAAGGUUAAAUGUUUGAUAAAAUAGUUUAACAUAUUUGCUCUUAUCUUACGUAUGAGAAAUUGUAUUGUUAAUUUUGCUUGUAAAUAACUUGAUUGAAUAAUAAGUGUAUGUGUUCAUGAAUUAAACUAUUUUUUAAUUCUUUCCAUUUUUUUUUUGCAUUAAAUUAACGAACCUGGCCCCUGUAAUACUGUUAUCUUGUCAGUGCUACUUGGUAAAGUGACACAGCAUUUCUCAUGAACUUUUUUUCCAAAAAACAUUUUUAAUCAGUUCUGUGAAAAAGGCACUGUUGUAUUUGUAUAAUUAAAAAUAAAUUUUUCCUUGUUCCAUUUCUU